AUGAGUUCGAAUAUCGAUAAUAUCAAAGAGGAAACUAUGUCAGACAGUAAUAUACAGAACAAUGUCGAGACUGUAAAUACAACCACCACCACUGAAAAUAGAAACAUAGACAAAACAGAUGCCAGUAACAAGAGUUUGGAGGUGUCUAUCGACAGCGAAGAACCUGCCACUGAUAUAGAUAAUAACAGCAAUAACACAGCUAACACCAACACCACCACCACACCACAAGAGAGUACAGCAUCAUCAACCACCGCCACCACCACCACCACACCAUCUACAUCAUCAUCAUCCUCCUCAUCGACAGACAACACCAGCAGCAACAACAGUGGCAGCAGUGGUAACACCAACACAAGCAGCAGCAACGACCAACAAUAUCCAUCGACACCACUCGCCGAACCAUUGAGCAGCAGCACUGGAUCCAACCAACACGGUACCCACCAAGCAAAGUUCUCCUCGGUCAAGGACAUCGGUAUGUCAUCCGAAAAGAACCCACGUUUCAGAAGAACAAUGGAAGACGAACAUGUUAUAAUCGAUUCAUUCGGUGGUGAUCCACAACAAGGUUACUAUGCAAUCUAUGAUGGUCACGGAGGUAGAGGUGCUGUUGACUUUACUGCUAAAACUCUUCAUUUGAACUUAUUGGAAGAAUUGAACAAAGAUCCAAAUGGAGAUAUUUUAGAACAUAUUAAAAAUAGUUAUUUAACUACAGAUACUCAAAUGGGUAAUGAGCCAAUACAGUUUAGUGGUACCACUACAAUCUCUGCUUUGAUUAGAUACAAUGAAAAGGGUGAGAAAUUCCUCUAUAUCGCCAAUGCUGGUGAUGCUCGUGCUGUUAUUAGUCGUAAUGGUGUAGCUGAGAGAUUGUCAUAUGAUCAUAAAGGUUCAGAUCAAGAGGAGAUUAAGCGUAUUACAGAAGCUGGUGGAUUUGUUGUUAAUAAUCGUGUAAAUGGUAUUCUCGCAGUCACUCGUUCACUCGGUGAUCACUCUAUGAAGGAGUAUGUCGUUGGUGACCCAUACAGACGUGCCAUUCAAUUAGACCCAAGUUAUACACAUUUAAUUUUAGCAUGUGACGGUCUCUGGGAUGUCGUCAAUGAUCAAGAUUCAAUCGACCUUAUUAUAAACGAAACAGAGGCACAAAGAAUGAGUGACAAGCUUUUAUCGAGUGCAUUGAGAAAAGGUAGCACUGAUAAUAUUAGUAUUAUGGUUAUAAUCUUGUAA